CAACAAAACGAUGACGUUUAAAAAAUGCAGCAGAGAUACACGGAAGUGAGUCACAAAAAUAGCCCCAAAUCAAAUCAGAUUCUCCAACUCGCAAUUAUCAUCAUCAGAGUUGAAGUUGAAUCAAUCAAUCAAUCAAACUAAAGCAAAACAAGUCCGAGUGAGCUCUAACUCUAACGAUGCCUCCUGUUGCUCCUCGAUCUGGCGAUGCAAUAUUUGCUAACAUCGAACGUGUUAAUGCGGAGCUGUUUACUCUCACAUAUGGGGCAAUUGUGCGACAAUUACUUACAGAUCUGGAAGAGGUUGAGGAAGUCAACAAGCAGCUAGAUCAAAUGGGUUAUAAUAUUGGAAUCCGUUUGAUUGAUGAGUUUCUGGCUAAAUCUAAUGUUUCAAGGUGUGUUGAUUUCAGAGAGACAGCUGAUGUGAUUGCAAAGGUUGGUUUUAAAAUGUUCCUUGGUGUUACUGCAUCCGUGACCAAUUGGGAUGCUGAAGGGACGUGUUGUAGUAUUGUUUUGGAGGAUAAUCCUUUGGUAGACUUUGUUGAGCUUCCUGAUAACUAUCAAGGUCUGUACUACUGCAACAUAUUAAGUGGAGUCAUUAGAGGAGCCUUGGAUAUGGUGUCAAUGAAGGCUGAGGUCACGUGGCUACGUGAUGCGCUUCGAGGUGAUGAUGUGUUUGAGUUGCAAGUAAAACUUCUCAAGCAAGUUCCAGAAGAGUAUCCGUAUAAGGAUGAUGAGUAAUAUGUUUUGUAAUGUUGUCCUUCACAAUUUCUUUAUAUUUCUGUCUUGUCUGCAUUUUGAUGAAACUAUAAAUACAAUAGAAGAUCUUUGAUUAAAUCAUUGUGAUAUUGGCUUUGACAGUGGGCUAGGAUCUAUCCUUAUUUCUAACUUCUAAGAGUCCUAUAAAUUCUUGAAUCUGUACUUGUUCUUUUCA